AUGCCUCCGCCACCUGUUGAUACUACCCAGCGCCUCGCAAAGCUGCGAGAGCUGAUGGCUCGGAACAAAGUCGAUGUAUAUACUUUCAUAUCCAGCUUCACUGGUUCGGCGGGAUGUGCCAUCGUCUCCAUGACCAAGGCUGCCCUGUCCACGGACGGUAGAUACUUCAGCCAGGCUGCAAAGCAGCUCGAUGCCAACUGGCUUCUCUUGAAGCGUGGCGUAGAGGGUGUGCCAACUUGGGAAGAAUGGACCGCCGAGCAGGCCGAGAACGGCAAAGUGGUUGGUGUUGACCCGUCGCUCAUUACAGCGUCGGACGCUCGAAAACUCUCUCAGACUUUGAAAGCAACCGGAAGCUCCCUGGUUGGAGUAGACCAGAACCUGAUUGAUGCCGUUUGGGGUGAAGAACGUCCAGCACGGCCUGUGACGACGAUCACAGUCCAGCCUGCUGAGCUUGCAGGAAAAUCAUUCGAGGAGAAAGUCGAAGACCUCCGCAAGGAGCUGUCGACUAAGAAGCGAUCCGCUAUGGUGAUUUCCACUCUGGAUGAGAUUGCAUGGCUCUUCAACCUCCGUGGAAGCGAUAUUCCGUACAACCCCGUUUUCUUCUCCUAUGCCAUUGUAACUCCAUCAGUGGCAGAGAUUUAUGUGGAUGACAGCAGACUAUCCCCAGAAGCUAGGAAGCAGCUUGAAGGCAAAGUUGUUCUAAAACCAUACGAUGCUAUCUUCCAGGCGUCCAAGGCCCUUGCUGAAUCAAAAGCAUCGGCCAGCAGCGGAUCCGCCUCUGGAAAAUUCCUGUUGUCUAACAAGGCUUCAUGGUCCUUGAGUCUUGCCCUAGGUGGCGAGCAAAACGUGGUAGAAGUCCGAAGCCCCAUUACCGACUCCAAGGCCGUCAAGAAUGAAGUUGAGCUGGAAGGUUUCAGAAAAUGUCAUAUCCGCGAUGGUGCAGCUUUGAUCGAGUACUUCGCAUGGCUGGAGAACGCCUUACUCAACGAAGGCGCCAAGCUGGAUGAAGUAGAUGCUGCUAACAAGCUAUUUGAAAUCCGCAAGAAGCAGGAUCUUUUCGUCGGAAGCUCCUUUGACACUAUUUCGUCUACUGGAGCCAAUGGUGCCACUAUUCACUACAAGCCUGAGAAGUCUACUUGCGCUGUUAUAGAUCCCAAGGCCAUGUACCUUUGCGACUCUGGUGGCCAGUACAAGGACGGAACCACCGAUACCACGAGAACUCUUCACUUCGGAGAGCCUACAGAGUUCCAGAAGAAGGCCUACGCACUUGUUCUCAAGGGACAUAUCAGCAUAGACACUGCUAUCUUCCCCAAGGGAACGACCGGAUACGCCAUUGAUUCCUUUGCACGACAACACUUGUGGAAGGAAGGUUUGGAUUACCUUCACGGCACCGGACAUGGUGUUGGCUCAUUCCUGAACGUCCACGAGGGCCCCAUGGGUAUCGGAAGCCGUGCUCAGUACGCCGAAGUCCCACUAGCUGCCAACAAUGUCCUCUCCAACGAACCUGGAUACUACGAGGACGGCAACUUUGGUAUCCGUCUUGAGAACCUUGUAAUCUGCAAAGAGGUCGAGACACCAUAUAAGUUCGGUGGUAAGGCAUUCCUUGGAUUUGAAUACAUCACCAUGGUACCGUUCUGCCAGAAGCUGCUUGAUGCUUCUCUCCUCACUGAAACUGAGAGGAAGUGGGUGAACGACUACCACGCGAAAGUGUGGGAGAAGACUAGCCCCUUUUUCGAGAAGGACGAGUUGACGACAAAAUGGUUGAAGCGUGAAACCCAACCAAUCUAA